GAUUAACUAUUUGGUGGUUGGUUUGUUAGUUGGUUGUAGGUGGUAUUUGAGUUGAAUUGGUGGUUGUUCAGUAUCCCGUUUUCUUUGCUUAAGUUUUAACUUAAAGUCGUCGGUUUGAGAUUGUGGUUUCUACUUAGUUUGUCGCGUUUUAUUUGAACCAAACAGUCUAUUGUUUUCUCUAAUUUGGAGUUCGUUGGUGAAUUUCCUGAUUAGUGAAGAAGUGUUUUGAUUUUGGUUGAAUUGAAUAGGGAUUCUUGUGGUGGAUUGUUUGCUGAUUCUUUUGAAGUGAAAGGUCGUGGACAGGGUUCUUGUUGAGGGUUUUGUAUUGGUAGUAAAGUGGUGAAAUGCCGGAGGACGACCUGUUGGAGCUGAAGUUUCGGUUGUAUGAUGGAUCCGAUAUUGGUCCAUUUCGUUAUUCGCCAACCUCGACAGUGGCCAUGCUGAAAGAAAGAAUAUUUUCAGAGUGGCCAAAAGACAAGAAGUUUGUACCCAAGGCAGCCAAUGAUAUCAAGUUAAUUAAUGCCGGAAAAAUUUUGGAAAACAAUAAGACUGUUGGCCAGUGUAGAGCACCGUUCGGUGACCUUCCAAAAGGGACUAUCACGAUGCAUGUUGUUGUGCAGCCACCCUUAACAAAAGCAAAAACCGAAAAGAAAGUGGAUGAAGCCCCAAAGAAACAUCUUUGCUCAUGUUCCAUAUUGUAAGAGAGUUGCUGUUUAUUAAGGGCCAAGCUUUUGAGGUGACCUUGGGAUUUUCUGGGAUCGCCUUGGCCACGGAAAUGAGUAGCUGGAAACACAAUAAUUUGUAAAACAAUGUCAUCCCUUGUCGUUAUGUGUUUGUCCAAGGGCAUUCCUGUGUAACAGUGCAUGAUGGUGAUCAUGUAUUUGCGUUUUGUAAAGUGGGUGUUUGAUGUAUUUGGUAGCUGUAAUUCAUUUUUUAUUUUUAUUUUACAAGGCUUUUGAGUACGAUAUUCAGAAGGGUUUGUUGCAGUGUUUAUUGUAAGUUCUGAUCUGCCCAUACCAUGUUGACAAAAACAUUUUCUAAAUGGUACAAUCUUCUGGCAAAUAUGCCAUGGUGCUUCUUCGAAUGUGGAUUGAAGAUCCAUUAGACUUAAUUUGUAAAACAAAAAAGUUACUAUUGGUU